CGCCCAUUAGGCUUUUGCGUUCUCAUUCUUUGGUUUUUUUGUUGGGCUCUUCGCGUGUUCUUCCUUCCUUCUCUCUCGAUCGCGCGCUAGAGCUCUCUUUCUCGCUUCAGUUCCAUCGAAAUAUCGCUCCUGGGACGCCAAUCGCCGGAAUGCGUCUUCCUCAGCUCCAAAUCUCUCGAAGAAGCUCCCUCUUGUGCUGGGUUCCUCCUGACGGAGGUGCGUAGUCUGUGGAUUUCUCUCUGGUUGCUGCUCUCCGGCCAAGAUUCGUGCUAGCUAUGGGGACGUCGCUCGUGAAUCUGAUACAGCGUCGCUAAUCGUCCGCUGUCCAGGGUUUAGGUAGCUAGAUUCCAUUCCAGCCAGCGCAGCGAGCGCAGGAGUAGGGAGCCUACCAAUCUUUGAGCCGCCGAGAAGUAUGAUGGGCCAGAGUGCUGCUGGAAAGAGUGUUGGGGCAUCUCCACGCAAAGGAUCGACGCUUGCUGCCCAUCCAGUGUCUACCUCGAGUAUAAUCGCUUGCUUUGAACCUCUCCACGAACGCCAGGCCAUAUACUUUCGUUCUAUGCUCAAACCGAUAACGUAGGUGUAGGAAUCGGUGGUAGCGAAGAAUCAACCCUUUGCAGCCCAGAGCUUUUAUGAAGUGGAAGUGUUGCCAGACAACCUUGCUGCUGCGUUCUCCAGUCUAGUAGGUGUUAGUAGUGGUAAGGGGAGUGGAAGGAUGAUACCAUUUUGGAAGAUGGAAGCUGUGCCAGGAGUUUGGAAUUUCUAAAGCUUGCCCGGCGGGAUCAAGCAAUUGUUCGCAGUGGCAACUGGAUAGUGGCUGUGAGGCUGUGAAAAGUUGUCUUUGCUGCGAAUGAAUCCUGCCAACUUGUGAGCGUAGCUUGCGGCUCGAGGGAAAAGCGAGUGUUCGCGAGCGACGAGCCGGAGGGUGAUCGAGCGACGCUUAAGCUCGAACUGCUGACUGGAAAGCAGGAGCUUUCUCUUGAUGGAGCAAGGGGCACUGCGAGAAUUCGCCAACGUCUAUGGAGACACCGAGAAACGGUUCAUCAUGUUCGACCGUAGCGGUGACAAGGGCCGCAUCAUGCUGGAGCCCAAUCGCUUCUUCGAGUUCAAUCCCAGCACUCCUCCCAACGGCGAGGGGCCGGAAGCUGGCGAGUUUCACCGGGUAUACAGGGAGGCCAUGGCCUCGUUCGCAGCAUUCCGCAGCAUGCGCGAGACGAACAGUCCGCCGGUCACUCUCUGCCACAUCGGGGACGUGAAGGAUUCCGACAGCAGCGUAAGCAAGCUCAGCUGGGACCACCUUCGCGACGACGACGACGAGCAACAAAGCAGUGUUCGCGAGGAGGACUCGGAAGACAUCGACGCCUUGCUAUACUCCGAUGGCGACGAAGGCCUGCUCGAGGAGGUGGAAGAAGAAGAAUGCAGCACUGGCCACACUCCUCUCAGUGAAGUCACCCGGGACGAGAGCAGCGACGAGAUCACGUCCAGCUUCCACGCCGAGAACUCGAACCGAGCAGUGGAGCAAGAGGCGAUUUUGGCCGUGGCGAGCUACAGUAACCGCAAGAGGCAGCGGAGCUUGGUGGUCAGGCGGAGGAAGGAGAUGAAGAAGCAGCGCAAGGAGAGGAUCCGGCAGACGGUGAAAGCGCUCCAGAGCAUCGUUCCGGGUGGUGAUAGCAUGGAUCCGGCGAUCGUUCUCGACGAGGCCAUCCUCUACAUGAAAGUUCUCCAGAUGAGAGUCCGCCAACUCGAGACCACCAGGCAGGAGGACUUGUCCAACGCGGCUAGAGCUUGAAAGAAAGGUUUGUGUGUUUGUGUGUGAGCGCUCUAUGGUUUGUGUGUUUGAUUUCUAUGUUUAUGUUUGUGUCUUUGAUCUUAGGUGUUUCAAUUCCAUGGUUUGUGAAAGCUAGCCACGUUUUUUCCUUGUUUGUUUAAUAUUUUGUUGGUUGUGGAAGUGUGAUUGAUAUUAAUUCCAGUUUGGUUUGAGAGCUCA